CGUGCAUCCAACGGUCACUUUCCCUUCCGCAGUACACGGUAAUGCUUCGAAUCCAACGGCUCAAAUCUUACCCCGUUUGACUGCGAACUGCACAAAUCCCAAUAAAAAAUCCCUGAGAAAAAAAAAAAGAAAAUUAAUUGCUCACACCAAAAAUUUCAGUAUUUCACCCAACUUCACUUCUUGAUCGACGCUGCAACUUUCUUCAGCGCAAAUCUAGGGUUUUUUUUGUCAGACCAGUUUUCCGUAUUUUUCUUCGUCUCUUGUUUUGGCUGCUUCAAAUCCUUCGAUUUAUUUACGUCUUUUUUGCGUUGAUCAUUUAUUUUUGAAGAAGCUUCGAUUUAUUUUUCAAUAAUCAUUUCGGGGUUGAGUGGAAGAUAAACAAAAUGCCGCGGUAUUUCGUGAAUUGUGUGCACUUGGUGGUUUUCUUUCGUUUCAUAGUGUAAUUUUUAUUUGUUUUUGGUGAAUUUCAACUGAAUUUGGAAGGGAUUCAAUUCAUUCAAUUUAGUGUUGUUGGCGAUUGAAAAAUUUUGGUUGGAAGUGUGAGAAUGUACAUUGCAGUAACCAUAAAGAGAUAUCGAGCAGUUAAGGAAGUUGGGAAGAUUAAAAUGAGCGUUGGUGUUAUUGCAUACUAUCAAUUAGUCCAAGUUUGUCAGGCUGAGUAUUUUCGUCAGUUGCUUAAACCUGUUACGUAGUCUAGUAUUACAAAGUUCUUGGAAACUGGGACCUGGGAGAGUCUGCCAUUUGGUUGUGUUAUACAUAAGGUUGUGACAGAAUGAAACAUCUGGUUGUGUUGACGGUAAAUUUGGGAUAGGCAGCUGUCAUGUUGUGAUGGUGAUCCACUAGUUUAGUCAAUAGUAUAUUAUAGUUAUAAGCCUUUUCGCUACUUAAAAGUUGAAUAUUAGCAAGUUCAAAGCCUAGAAGCAAUCUUUUAUUGUGAACUUCUUGAUUUAGAAGAAAAUUCAAUGCAGAGUGACCAUCAAUUUUACCCCCCAAAAGCAGUGCCCACGCUUGCAGAUCAAGUGGGUGAUAAUUACAUGCACAUCCCAGUUACUUCUGCUUUUGCUACAGUUUUACCUCCAUGUUCUAAGCCAUUGCCACCCCUCCUUGGCAUUGAGUUUCAACCCUCAGAGGUUUGUCCCGAGAAUUUCAUUAUUUUCAAUCGGACUGACCAUAGAAAUCAGAUCAUGUUCAAUCCUGCUAUUGCAAACAAGUUUAAUGGUCAUGGAUUAAAUGUUUUUGCAACUUACUUCAAUGGCAAUAAUGAGAGAAAAGAUGUUAAUGAUGUGGAAAAAGAAACAUCAUCUUCUCUGAAAGAGGAUUCAGAUGAUAUUGAUGCGCUACUCAGCUCAGAAGAGGAAGAACAGGAAGACUAUGAUGAGGAAGAGGUUAGCACAGCACGGACUUACGGAAAUUAUGAAAUCAACUCUGAUUCUCCCUCUUCUUACGGUUCAAAACCAAGAAAGAACAGGUCAUGCUCUUCUACUCUGAAGUCCUAUGGUAGUGGUGGCAGUUGUGACCCUGAAACUAAGCGACUGAAAAUGAAGAAAAUGGUGAAGGUUUUAAGGGGAAUUAUUCCAGGUGCUGAUCAGAUGGGUACUGUAGCUGUUAUUGAUGAAGCUGUUAGGUACCUCAAGUCUCUGAAGGUUGAAGUAAAGAAGCUUGGAGUUGGGAAUUUCAAGAAUGGAGAUUGAACCCUUAUCAUGGUAAUGGUUUUCUUACCUUCUAGAAUUUAAGUUUACUCUUUGUUGUGUACCCUUCCUUCACUGGUCUCUCUCUGAUGGCUUACAGUUCAGAGACAAGGAGACAGGUAUUUAGCAUUAAUGUUUUUGUUGUAAUUUCCAGUUAUGCACGUAUUAAUUAUGUGCCAGCGCACAAAUUGCUGUUGAAACUUUUGGACCUCAUUCAUCGUUCUCUAAGAUGGAGAGAAGUUGAGAUGGAGUUUGGCUGUGUAAUAUGGCUACUAAGUUUCUAGUUGCCAUUAUCUUUAUGGCACAAGUAGCUGCUUUGAAUGUUAAUAUAAAACUUCCUGUUGUUGAAUAAAUAUUAUAAGUACUUGUUAAAUCCCGGAUAAGCACUGAUCACCUUUGGUGAGCACCACUUACUCAGACUGCUGACUUUGUUUGUUUGGUGUCCUUUUUUUUGUUUCUUUUUAUAUUCUCGUGGGGUUUUUCCCCCUUGACACAAUACUCGGGGAAUUAAUUUGUCGGAAUUCUAGAGACAUGCUGUCAAUACAUUAUGUGGUGACUGAUCCAGUUUGUAUAUAUAUUGUUAUCAGUAUCUGAGCGCGAGUUGCACAAAU